CUUGUGCAAGAAGGGAAACUCUGACUUCACUGUACAAAGCACAUGAACACACUGUUAUAUCAAAUCUGUCAGGGUUGUACUGUUCAAAACAGGGGAAGAAUUCACCUGUCAAGACUCACUUUCCACGGGCUCUUAUUAAACUGAGAAGAGGAAGGAAGGGAAGAAAGAGAAGAAAGAGAAGAAAGAGAAAUGUAUUCACCGAAAUCGUCUGCCUCCCACCACACAGAAAGAGGAUACUUCAGAAAUUCCCAAGUGCUCCCGUGGACCGUGGCUGGGGCCUCCAUCCUGUUUCUCAGUGUCUGUUUCAUCACCAGAUGUGUUGUAACGUAUCGCAGCAGUCAAAUUGACGAUCAGAAAAAGCUGCUGUCCCAUAAAACUGCCAAGGAGCUCUCCUGUUACCGUGUCACGUCAGGGUCUGUCGGGAACUGCUGUCCUUUGAACUGGAAACAUUUUCAGUCCAGUUGUUACUUUUUCUCUAAGACCACCCUGACCUGGCCCUCAAGUUUAAAGAAUUGCUCAGAAAUGGGCGCUCACCUGGUGGUUAUCAACACGUGGGAAGAGCAGGAAUUCCUUUUUCAGACAAAGCCCAAGGGGAAAGAGUUUUAUAUUGGACUGACAGACCAAGUGGUUGAGGGGCAGUGGCAAUGGGUGGAUGACACGCCUUUCACAGAGUCCCUGAGCUUCUGGGAUGCUGGGGAGCCUAACAAUAUAGUUUACGUGGAGGACUGUGUCACCAUAAGGGACUCUGGAAAUCCCAGGAAGAAUUGGAAUGAUAUACCGUGUUUUUACAGUAUGCGUUGGAUUUGUGAAAUGCCAGAAAUAAAUCCUUUGGACUAAAUGCAAAUGAACACAGAAGACAUGAUUUGAAUACAUAAGGAGGAACAGGAGUGUAGCAACACCCAAAAUCCAAAAUCCAGCAUGAGAAAACACCUAUUACAGAUUAUAAGGACCAUAUAUGUAUGUGUAACUCUAAUAAAAGUAAAAGUGAGGCUUUUUUGUUCCCAUUGUUAAAAUCCGUGGUACUGACUGAUGUUUCAACAUAACCUGCAAAUAGAGUUUUCAGAAUAUGCGGAGUAAUCCACUAAUAAAUGCAGCAAAAGGAAAUGGACGUU